AUGUCUAUUAAAACUGUUACUUUUAAUAAAAUUUUUGAAGAAGUUAAAUUUGAACAUGAAAGAAAAUAUGAAGAAAAUAAUAAAAUUUAUAAAGAAAUGCAAAAUGAAAUUAAAAGAUUACAAAAAGAAAAUCAAGAAUUACAAGAAAAAAUUAAAGUAGAUUCUCAAAUUCUUGCUAACUGGCAAUAUGAAAAUUCAAUAUUGAAUGAUGAAAAAAAAAUAAUUGAAGAAUUACGUCAAAAAUAUGAAAGUGAAAAAAAUAAUUAUGAAAAUAAUAUUCAAAAUAAUUGUAAGAUUAUUGCAAAUUAUCAAAAUGAAAAUAUGUUAUUAAAUAAUGAAAAUAGAGAAAUUGAUGAAAAGUAUCAAUAUGAAAUUAAAAAAUUAAAAGAAGAAACACAUGAUGAUAUUAUUCGAAUUGAAUAUGAAAGAGAUUAUUUUAAACAAAAAAAUGAAGAAUC